AUGGGAAGCAUCCAAGCAAUAUUCGCCACGCUGGGCUGCCUGCACAUGGCAGGGGCAGAAAUUCAACUGUAUGUUCGAUCACAAGGACUGGCACAUCAGACCAUGGCCAUGAAUGAACUCUUGGCAGCAGUAGUAGAAGCUGGAUGGCCGCACACAUCUGUGGUAAGCAUGAAGGAUGCCGAAGAGGAACUGCGUCAUGGCGGAUUGUGGAGCUACUUCCCAUGGAUCUGGCUAUCGGAGAAGAAACGCUUGAAAAGCAAGCGCUCAGCGCGCGGUGGAAGGUGGCUGGUGUUCCUUGAGGCCUCGACCAUGGUGGCUCCCAAAGUCUUGGGGCAGCUGUUGAGCGCGUAUGAUGCGCGUGAAGCGUGGUAUUUGGGUCGUGCCUUGAAGGACGAGCAGAUGUCCAUCAUCCAUCACUAUCAGCAAGAACCUCCGUAUCCCUUGGCUCAUGCAGGAUUCGCCUUGAGUGGGGGGCUGCUGCGGAAGUUGGUGCUGGAUUUGGAGGAAAAACCGUUGGGAGGUGGCCAACAGAUCGAACCCGUUUGGGAAUUGGCCAGUCGUCUCAGCAAGAUGGGCAUCGCCAUCACUGACCACCGUGGCUUCUGCCUCGAGGCAGCCACGGGCUGCGCCACCUGGGCGAGGAGCCUGGAGCCGUUUCGACCCUCCAUGGGCUUAACAGCUGCAGAGCUGGUCAUCGCCGUGAAGACCGUUGAGAAGUUCCAUUCCGUACGGCUACCGCUGUUGAAGGAAUUUUGGACGGAUGAAAGUGCAGUCGAGGUCCUCUACUUGAGCAACACCAAAAGCCACUGUGUGCAAGAAGCAGACCUUGGAUGUAAUGACUUGGUGGACAUCAUUGACUUGAGCCUUGAAUUUGGCGACAUGGUUGAUCCAAGCAAAGAGUCCAACAAGCAGGGCAGUGGCCAUUGCACAAAGAUGCAGGCCAUUUUAAGGUAUUUGCACCGCUCCCGGCCGAGUCGACGAUGGUAUGUGGUCACAGACGAUGACACCUUGGUGAACGUUCCUCGCUUGCUGCGAGUGCUGGACUCGCAUGAUGAUUCACUGGCAAUCUAUUUGGGUGAACGCUAUGGAUGGUCUCACAUGCAGGACCGUGACGGGACCAACUACAUUACCACAGGGGCCGGGAUGGCCCUUUCCAACGCCGCCCUGCAACGCUUGAUGUCUUGCAGCACAUGCAACUGUCGGGCGCCAGAUGCCCCUGAUGAUAUGUCAUUGGGCACCUGGUUUCGCAAUUUGGGCAUCGAAGCGACCCAUGAGGAGGGUUUCCAUCAAUCAGAACCGCAGAACUAUCACAAGGAGCUGCUCGGCGCCAGCGAUCCUCCUGUCUCCUUCCAUCGCUUCAAUGCGCGGCUACCGGGCUCGGCCUCCGCCGAGGAGUUCCACGAAGCACGACGCCAAAGUUGGAGCAGUUGGAGGAAGAACUAUUUUAAGCAGGAUUGGUACUUUUGUACCUGGCUGACGGGAACACCAGACUGUCACUGAUAUGCGUUGCCAGCUAUGUGCAUGUUCUCAUUUGUAUCACCAUGUAUCACCGUAGUUGAUCCACCCAAGCUUCGCUUCAAGGCUGUGAACCUUCCCCCAUCUCUGGUACCAGUACAAAAAUGGGUCUUGAAGAGUGGGCAACAGGCAAGUUUCUCAAGCUUCAUGAUCCAAACACAGAACCAGAAGGCGACUAUCACUUGUAGGCAGAGUUAUUCCGGUACGAUGAUGUUCGUUUUGACCAGAUUUUGACCCUUACAAGUGGAGUCGCACUUGAAUAGGUC